CAUCCCUCCGUCGCGUCCUUCUUGUCCUCACUGCGCUCUCUCUCUCUACCACUCAUAUCAGACAAGUCACCUCCCCUUUUUACCUGCCUAUCAUCACCACCAUCAUGGACUCCCUCCAAUCCACACUCGUCUCCCUCACAGGGCUGCGCAACAUCUCCCUCCUCGUCGUUCCCGCUCUCUGGGUCAACAGCAUCGCAGCCCACUUCUACGCCGUCUCUCUCACGCGGGGUCGAUUCACCAACUCGUCUCCACGAGACUACCUGAGCAGCAUCCAGAAGAAGGAGAAGAAGACGUCUACGGAUCUGAAGUUCAUUAGGGCCGAAGCGGCGCAACAGAAUGGGUUUGAGAACUUGCCCUUCGCUGCAGCCGCUUUUGUAGCGGGCAUUGUUGCCAAGCUUCCGGUCGCAGAGCUUAAUUCAUGGGCUCUCCUCUACUUGAUCUCGCGAGUAGUCUACAACCUCCUCUACAUCAACACGACGUCUGAGUCGCUAUCCAACGCCCGCUCAGUCGUCUUCGUUGGCGGAAUCGGCAUACUGUUCAAGAUCUUCAUCUCGUCUGCUAUCGCUUUGAACAAGCUGGCUUAAGGGGAAGGGCAGCAGAGAAGGAGGAGGUUACGGAGAAGGAGG